AUGUGGAUGAAUGUCUUGACCCUUCUGUGUGUUCCUGGAAAAACAACACCAUGUGUGUCAAUACUGUUGGAUCGUACAACUGUGCAUGUCGAGCAGGAUAUGAAGGCCCUAACUGCACAGAUAGUACCUUGGUUACAUCUAUGACUGAGCAAUCAACCCGGGGACCAGCAGUUACAACAUCAACAAGUAAUGCCACAAGUAUAAAAGCAACUUCAACGACAGGAACAACCUCAACUAUAACUACACCCAUAGAGAAAACCUUGGGAGCAAGUACCAGUGGAACACCAGUUCCUGCAGUUACAAAAUCUACAACAGGCGCCACUACAACCACAGACAGCCCAACAACUACCUUAACCACCAUAACCAAAACAACCAAAACUAGUUCAACCACAGAGAAAACCAUGGGAGCAAGUACCAGUGGAACACCAGGUCCUGCAGUUACAAAAUCUACAACAGGCACCCUUACAACCACAAAGAGCCCAACAACUACCUUAACCACCACAAUCAAAACAACCAAAACUAGUUCAACCACAGACACCAUGGGAACAAGUACCAGUGGAACACCAGUUCCUGCAGUUACAAAGUCUACAACAGGUGCCGCUACAACCACAAAGAGCCCAACAACUACCUUAACCACCACAACCAAAACAACCAAAACUAGUUCAACCACAGACACCAUGGGAACAAGUACCAGUGGAACACCAGUUCCUGCAGUUACAAAGUCUACAACAGGUGCCGCUACAACCACAAAGAGCCCAACAACUACCUUAACCACCACAACCAAAACAACCAAAACUAGUUCAACCACAGACACCAUGGGAACAAGUACCAGUGGAACACCAGUUCCUGCAGUUACAAAGUCUACAACAGGUGCUGCUACAACCACAAAGAGCCCAACAACUACCUUAACCACCACAACCAAAACAACCAAAACUAGUUCAACCACAGACACCAUGGGAACAAGUACCAGUGGAACACCAGUUCCUGCAGUUACAAAGUCUACAACAGGUGCCGCUACAACCACAAAGAGCCCAACAACUACCUUAACCACCACAACCAAAACAACCAAAACUAGUUUAACCACAGAAACCAUGGGAACAAGUACCAGUGGAACACCAGUUCCUGCAGUUACAAAAUCUACAACAGGCGCCCCUACAACCACAAAGAGCCCAACAACUACCUUAACCACCACAACAACUAAAACAACCAAAACUAGUUCAACCACAGACACCAUGGGAACAAGUACCAGUGAAACACCAGUCCCUGCAGUUACAAAAUCUACAACAGGUGCUGCUACAACCACAAAGAGCCCAACAACUACCUUAACCACCACAACCAAAACAACCAAAACUAGUUCAGCCACACUCUCCACAACUCCAAUAAUCUCAACAAUCACGUCAAAUCCCACAAAAACAACUACCCCAAUGCCCUCAAGCACCAUCUCUACAGUUACAACUGUAAGAUCAACAGUCCAAACCACUCAAGCCAAUGUAACACCUGCCAUUCUUUUUGAAUAUGGACAGGAUGUUGGUGAUCAAUUGCUACCAAAAACAGCAUCUGAUGUCGUCUCUCCCAUUUUUAAGCCAGAGAUUGACUUCACUUUUGGAAAAACUCGUUAUCCUUUAAUUUAUUUCACAGACAACGGUUUGAUCGUUUUUCCGGCAUCAGAGACUGAGAUUUUCGAUUAUACAAAUCCAUUUAAUGAAUUUACUGCAAGUACUGUACCACCAAUGAUUGCUGUGUUUUGGAGUGAUGCAGACAUCUCAGGCAGCAUUGGAAAUGUUUUCUAUCAGGAGUACAAAACAUAUGGUUCCGAAUUUUUUAACUUGACACAGAAUGUAGAAAGAAUAAUAUCUGACCAACUCAAAAUUAAAUAUAAAGCCAAAUGGACCUUAAAGAUAACCUGGGAUAAAGUACCUGCAGCUACUCUGGUUGAAACAAGAAGUAAGACGAACACCUACCAAGCAGUUAUCACUACAGAUGGCAGCACUUCAUAUGUUGUAAUGUUAUAUGAGUCUGGUGGAAUGAACUGGGAUGUAUCAACACUUGCUUCUAAAGACCUUCUUAUUGGCUUCAGCAGUGGCGAUGGAUUCUUUAUGAACGACGAGCAAAUAAAACUUCCUACAGUUGCUGAAAGAUUUCGACCUGAUAAAUAUACUGGGACAAAUACAGAUUUGAAAGGCCUACGACUGUACAAACUGACUGAGGGCACACCACAGAUUAAUUACAAAGCAGACUGCUUGAGUUGGUUUAGUUCAGAGCCAAAUCCAUCUCAGUGGAACCAAGGUUUACUUUCCUGUCCAUGCAGUUUUCCUCAAGGACAAGUAGACAAUCGAUUCCGAAGGUCCAGUCAAGAUGCUACAACCAAAGUUCUUCGUAGUACCAGCCCAAAUGCAAUUGGUGCUGGCCAACGGUGUGUUUACAGUAGGAGGAAUGCAUUUCUUGAAGGUUGGCAGGAACGUUACUGGACAGCUAGACCAUCAGAUCCCUCAAGUCUGAACAAGAGAUUUGACCUAGAUCCAUACAACUGGUGCUGUGUAAACAUUGACAACCCAUUAUUCUGUGACUAUUACAGAAUCAAAAGACCAAGCAUUAGCUGUUUAACCUACAGGCCACCAACCCGAG